AUGCUUCCGGCACCAAGUUAUUUUUCCGAAAUUACUUCUUUCAAUGUAUUAUCUGGGUCUCGAUGGCUUCCAUCUCAUACAGAAGUUCACGAGAAAGACAUUUUACAGUGUAAGAUCACUGAUUUAGUGAGUUUUCUCACUGUAUUUUCCUUUUCCAUUGUUUCAGUUAAGGUAAAUGGUUUAGCUUGCAAAGAUCCCAAGUCAGUCAACGCAGAGGAUUUUUACUUCAGUGGCCUACAUUUGGCUGGAAACACAUCAAACGCUUUUGGCUCUAAGGUCACUGCUGUUAAUGUAGCUCAAGUUCCAGGACUGAACACUCUUGGUAUCUCACUGGUGCGCGUCGACUAUGCACCGAGGGGAAUUAAUCCUCCUCACACUCACCCAAGAGCUACUGAAAUACUCACCGUCCUUGAAGGUUCUCUUCAAGUUGGUUUUGUAACUUCAAAUCCUGAAAAUCGCCUUAUUACUAAGGUCCUCAAAAAAGGCGAUGUGUUUGUUUUUCCGAUUGGACUUGCUCACUACCAACGCAACAUGGGAUAUGGAAAUGCUGUUGCUAUUGCUGCUUUGAGUAGCCAGAAUCCUGGUGUUAUAAGCAUUGCUAAUGCAGUUUUCGGAUCAGAACCAGCUAUCGAAACAGAUAUUCUUGCCAAGGCUUUUCAAGUGGAUAAAAGCGUAGCCGCUCUAAUACAAUCAAAAUUUUAAGCUGCAAGUCUACUUAAUAACAGAC